AUGGGCGAGCAACCUCCAGGUCCUCAAGAUGGCGAGGCCGCGCCCGGAUCCAUCUGUGAAACGUACGAGCUGUAUCAAACAGCUCCAGACAGGCGAGGUCGCCCAUCAUGGACCCACGAACUGCCGAACGAUCUGGUUACGCCCGCAGAAAACUCUCUUUCGAGCAAAUACGCAUUGCUCGUACGCAAGGUCAAGUGCUACGACGGGAAACGAAGCCUCAAAAUGCAUUCAAUUGUGAUCCAGAGUGAAUUGCUCAAGAAAUUCCUCGCCCGCGUCAUGGACAACUAUCGCGGACUCACCUUGACGCUCGAUCGCGUUGAGAUCGAAGCCCCAUUCAAGCCCUUUGUUCACCGUUGGAAGCAAUUCUGCGAAGCCACGGAGAGCGAAAAGGACGCGACGACCUUGCAACAUGCUAGGCUGCUACAUGGAGUCUUGAACGAAGAGCUGAAGGACACAAUCUCUCGGAGGAACGACCUCGUUCAGAACGGCGUGAUGACGAUUGACCUUGUCUGGGCCCUGUUUGAGCCUGGGUCGCCUAUACUGAGUGUUGUGGAUGGCCACCAGCGUGCCUUUGAGUUCCAGUCUGGCAGCUUCGACAGAAAUGGAAACUAUGUGAUCAGCUCACAAUACAUCGACUGGGAUGGUGCGAAGUUUGGGUACUCGACAGCAAGCCUUCAAAUCAAAUCCUAUGAAGGAACGUUACCAAUUGCGAAUCUAUCGGUCUGCCCUCUAGUCUUUCACAGCAACGCAGCACGCCUCAGACGCGAUCUCGCUAGUCGUGGUCAGCUCUGGGAGGGAUAUCGCGGUUAUCACUACAAGCAGUAUGAGGGACCUGCGAAAGGCUUCGAUCGGUUUUCUGGGCGUGAGACGAAGCUCAACAUUCGAGGCCGCAUCGUUAUCGACACGGAAGCCUAUAACACCUUCGAACCAGAGGGUGGAAUAUCACUCUCGGGCACGAUAGAUGGCGCUCUUUCCGAGGACCAGCAGCUCAUCGCAACUCCAAUCCUUAGGGGCUACGCCCUUCAAGAGAAAGCCUGGGUCGGCGUCUUUGUUGACCGCGUGCAGGAUAUCACCUGGGAUACAAUGGCCUUCGAUUCUUUGGUUCUCCCCCAUGCGCAACAGGGAUUCAAGAGGCUCAUCCUUGGAAUGGCGCAGGUUCAGUCUCGCAAGCGUGGUACCUUUGACGAUGUUAUCCAAGGCAAAGGACGGGGGGUCAUCAUGCUGCUAAGAGGCCCUCCUGGGGUCGGCAAAACCCUCACAGCGGAGAGCGUUGCGGAAGUUAUGAAAGUGCCUCUCUACAUCCUCAGCGCAGGCGACCUUGGUACAGACCCCAAGGCAGUCGAGGCCAAGCUGAGAGAUAUCAUGAGCAUGAUCCCUCGAUGGGGGGCCACCGUCCUCCUGGACGAGGCUGAUGUCUUCAUGGAAGCCCGCGACACAGUUGACUUGAAGAGAAACGAACUGGUCUCCAUCUUCCUAAGACUACUAGAGUAUUACGAGGGAAUUCUGUUUCUUACAACCAACCGCGCCGAGCAAAUCGAUCCUGCUUUUGAAUCACGCAUCCACUUGUCCAUUCGCUAUCCAGAGCUCACUCCAGAAUCAAGACGCCAGAUCUGGAGCCAGCUCAUAGCGGCGAGAGACAUCCAGCCAUUCUCAGAUGCAGAGCUUGACUACGUCUCGAAUCUGGAACUCAACGGCAGACAGAUCAAGAAUGUGCUAAAAACUGCACAUCUUAUGGCACAGGCAGAGGCAUGUCAAUUGAAAUAUGAACACGUGCGGAUUGUCCUGGAUUUGAGAGAUCGCGUGGGUUCUUGA